AAUAAAUGAAAGAAGUUCCUGAUAACCGUCAUUCGGUUGAGCCGAGUCUUGGGAAGAAAGGAAGUUGUCGUAGACCGUUGUGCUGGUUUUACUGGUACUCUGUGUGUCGCACGAGUGUCAAAAGAAUCACCGAUUGAAUUCUUGUGAGACAAAUUAUUGGUUCGUAAAACGGACAAACAUGUCACUGACGCGUGAGCAUUAGGUAAUUGUACAAUUAAUAGUAAGAUUCGUAAAGGAUUGUACUUGUGUUGCGACUGUGUGCUGCGACUGAGGAACUGAGUAUAUUAUAGUGAGCUACGAGGUUUGUUUUUGAAUUUGAGAUGGAAUCUCGUUUGCCAAAACCAAAAAUUACCUUGAAAAAGAUCAACAAUACAAUGGAUAUAAAUACUAAUAUAAGUACUAAUAUAAACACCAAUAAUAAUAAACAACAAGCAGCUAAGUAUGGGGAAAAUGCUGCAAAGUCGACAAGUUCAAAGACUACAAAUGAAAAUAAACUAUUAGCUAAACCACCUUUAGUUCGCUCAAAGACAUUAUCAACAAUUACAAGAGUGACAAGCAAUGCAAAGCCUAUUAAAAGAACAGCUACUACAGUUACCACUGUGAGUGAAGCUAAGAGACCAUUUGUUAAACCAAAAGCAUUAGCAAAUAGACCCAAUGCAUUGAACAAUAACACGAACAAAGCAUCUCAGAGUGAUACAGGAAAAAUACAAAAAUGGGAUUUGCGUGGUCGGUUAGCACAGACAAGUGAUAAACUGUCUCUUGCACAACAGAAGAAUAAAGACAUAGAGACCAAAUACAAUGAGCUUCUAGAGUUGACUAAUUCGUUGAAAAGUAAUAUGGCUACGUGUAAGAACAAAGCUGAAGAACUAGAGACUUCGAACAAUGCAUUAAGUAGUGAACUGGAAAGUCUAAUGACAGAAAUGUCUACGAUGCGACAGGAGAAUGUAGAUUUAACAAAACGUUUGAAAGAAUCGGAAGAAUCCUACACGAGCGUCUCUCAUACAUUGAAGGAACUUCAAGAAGAGCACAGUGCACAAGAAGUAUUGCUCUCUGAACAGAAUGGACAAUUGAUAACUCUGAAAACUAUGAUAGAGGCACAGGAGAAAGUAAACAAGAGUAUGAACACUAAAAUCAAUGAAUUGCAGGCUUUAACUCACAAAAUGGACAAAGAACGUAGAUUACUGCAUAAUGCUAUACAAGAAUUGAAAGGCAACAUCAGAGUCUUCUGUAGAGUUCGUCCGAGAACUCCAAAGGAAAAUGAACUGAUGAAAAUGACAUGUAGCAUAAACUACCUGGAUGAUUGCACUAUAGAGGUAGGCAAGCUGGAUGGAUCGGACGCGAUGAGUUGCAGUGGGAAGCAACGAGGCACGAAGCAAGAAUUUUCCUUCGACAAAGUAUUCGCGCCUAAUGCGUCGCAAGAGAAUAUAUUCGAGGAGUUGUCUCUUUUGGUACAAUCUGCACUAGAAGGGUAUAACGUUUGCGUGUUCGCUUAUGGUCAGACUGGUUCUGGCAAGACAUACACUAUGGAAGGAGAUUACAGUCUAGAAACUGAAGGAAUGAUACCUAGAACAGUACGACAUAUAUUCAAAGAAAUGAAGCAGUUUGAGCUCCUUGGCUGGCACUAUCAGAUAGAAGCGAGCUUCUUAGAAAUUUACAACGAACAUAUCGUUGAUCUUCUCGAUUCUCAGCCGAAGACCCAUGAGAUACGAAUGGUCGACAGCAAAGGACAGGAUUUGUAUGUUACCAAUCUUCUAGUGAAAGAGAUACAUAGCCCGGAAGAGCUGCAUGAAUGUCUUCGGACUGCGCAACGCAAUCGAGCUGUUGCAGCUACGCAUUCAAAUGAACGAUCAUCCAGGUCACAUUCAGUAGCACGAAUACGAUUGAUCGGUACACACGUUACAAAACAGGAAGUAUCUGUGGGAAAUUUGAAUUUGGUUGACCUAGCCGGAUCCGAGCGUUUAAAAAGCGAAGAGGUUGCCAGGACCACAGAAACGAAAAAUAUUAACAAGUCGCUAGCGAAUCUUGGAAAUGUCAUCCUGGCACUUUUAAAAAAACAGGAACACGUUCCCUACAGAAAUUCUAAACUGACUCACUUACUCAUGCCUUCUCUGGGAGGCAACUCGAAGACUUUGAUGUUGCUAAAUAUAUCUCCGUUAGACGAAUGUUACAACGAGACGUUAAAUUCGUUGAGAUUUGCCAGCAGUGUUAACAAUUGUAAGACUGGUAAUGUUAAGAGAAGCCGAAUGCUCUUAACAAAUACGAAUGUUUAAAAAAAAAAUAGAAUAUCCUCAUUAUAGUUCUGGGUAAGAGUGCUUUCGAUUUUACAUAAUAUUUUACUUUACAAACGAAGUAUAUUAAACAAAGCAUUUUAUUAUUCGUGUGUGUAUGAUGCAUGUAUUCUUCGAAAAUUGCAAUUAUAACCCAAAUGUACAUAUUUUAAAGAAAAUAUAUUGUCUGGGUGACAAAACCUUGAUA